AUGAAUCCCAUAGCUAUGGCCAGAGCACGAGGUCCUGCCCAAAAUUCGGGACCAACAAUACAAGACUACUUGAACAGGCCAAGACCAACAUGGGAAGAAGUGAAAGAGCAACUAGAAAAAAAAAAGAAAGGAUCCAGGGCUUUGGCUGAGUUUGAAGAAAAGAUGAACGAGAAUUGGAGGAAAGAACUGGAAAAACACAGGGAGAAAUUACUGGGUGGAAACGAGAGUUCCUCCAAAAAGAAAGAGAAAAAGAAAAAGGAAAAGAAGAAAUCUAAUAGGUUGUCUUCAUCUUCCUCUUCUUCAUCAAGCUCUGAUUCUUCCAGCAGUUCAUCUGAUUCAGAAGAUGAGGAUAAAAAGCAAGGGAAAAAAAGAAGGAAGAAGAAAUACCGCUCCUCAAGGAAAUCUUCAGCAAGCUCAACUUCUGAAUCUGAGUCAGACAGCAAGGACAGCACAAAAAAGAAAAGGUCAAAGGAAGAUUAUGAAAAAGAGAAGGAGGGCAAAAAUCACCACAGGAAAAGGAAGAAAGCCGAUCGUGGUGAUGGACCUUUAUCAUCAGAAUCCUUAUCAGAAUCGGAUCAGACAGAGGAGGUGCAAGCAAAAAAGAAGAAAAGCAAUGAGGAAAAAGAAAAAACAGCAAGUAUCCUUCUUAUUCAUACUAUAGUUUUAGGAUAUAAAUACUAUACAAAUAUACAUAUAAAUAUAUAA